CUACAACAGUAGCCUGUGCUGACACAACAUAGAGCAGCGUGUAGGACACAAAGGAGUAGUUGGUGCUAGAGGGGGCUUAAAACUAGCUAGAUGCUGCUCCUCUCUGCUCCAAUCUGCCCCAUCUAUUGGGAACCAAAAUAAGAGAACUCCCAUAUCACCAGACAAAGAUUAAGAUCCCACAGGGCCCGCCUCUUGGCAGAUCUAAACGUCAACUUCAAACCUUCUAAAUAGUCCAUUGAUGAGAAGAACAGGCUAGUUUUUGUCAAGUUUUUUGCUUGAGCUAGCAGAAGAUAUCUAGCUCGAAAAGAAGAGGUGAAAUAGGUGAGUUAUUGGAUACUCAAAUCUCAGACUCUUUCGAAGACUUACUUAUCUGCACAUUAAGAUACAUACUUUCCACUUUUCCAUGUCAUCUCUGGGUGUGUGGGAACAUUUCAGCUUUCAUCUCUUUAUGUACUUUUAUUCAAAAAAUGUUGCUAUACAUAUUUAUUAAAAAUGAUUUGGCUGAGGAAUAGUGAUCAAAAAAUCUUUACAAUGUUACCAUCUAGAGAACCCUUUACUUUUUAAAUCUGUGAUAACCAAGUGUUAAAAUAAAUUAACUAACAUCAGAUCUAAACUAACAAUAGUUUUUGAUAUAUAUUUAUAUAACAUCACAAUUUCUUUGGCUUGGCCGAUGUUUUAAUAAAUUGAUGAUUUCAUUACUUGAUAUAAUACUAACCCCUUGUUGACACAAUCUAAUCUCACGCAUAACAUUUAUUUAUCACAGAAAGAUGGGAAGGACGUUUAGAAUUGAUGCCAGGGGUUGAAAUAAUAUUAUUAUGCAUUAAUUUUAUCCCAAAUUAUUGUAUGGUCAAGUUACUGCUUUUCACUCUGUUAAUUAAUAAGAGUAUGGGACUAAAACUUGUAUCCUAAAAAAAUGUACACAUUACAAUUUUACAAUUUAAAUUUCUAAAAGUCCUGUAUCCAUGAAAAUUUAAUUUAAUUUGCAUUCUUCAGAUUAUCUUUUGUAACUUUACACCAAUUUGCUUUAAAGUCCCAUUUAACAUUAUUUAGCAUUAUUUUAAAUUGUGUGCUUCUAUUUCAGUUUUACUAUAGAGCUGUGAAAGCAAUCGUAAUUGUAAUUGUUGCAUAAAAAGGGGGGGUUAGGGGAACAAACAGUUUAUUGCAUGUAAAAUGUAUAAAAAUGUAAUCUGUAUGAUAAUUAACCAAUAUAUACACACUGUAUAGUUUAGUACAGUCUGACACGGAUAGUUUCACAUGACAUCCACAGGAGGCAAAACAAACUUAUGCAUGUUUAACAAUCAACUGUGAAAAAUUAUAUGGUUCUACAAACUUCCCUAGAUUUACACUGACAUGCAUAGAUUUAGAUUUUUAUUAAAACUAAACAGUGCAUGACAAAAAUAUUGUCUGUAGUAACUAUUAUUAUUAUUAUUAUUAUUUAUAAAGCUCCAUCAAGUUCCGUAAUGUUAGAUAUUAAUAUUAACUGGAAUAAAUAUAUGCAACCACCACAAUGUAGCUAAACCCAGUUUGUAGUUAUAAUGAUUGCCUACAAAGUACAAGUUUUACUACUAAAGUGAGAAUUGUAGGGAAUUCAAGGAUAAUUGUAGGGAAUUCAAGGGAUUUUCAAAUUUAAGCCAAAAUAGCUGAACUGAAAAAAACUCUCCAAGUGAGCUAUGCUUCUAGUUUGGCUACUUUAGCCUGAAAUGUUUAAUUUCCUUUGAAUUACUGACAGUUUUCACUUUAAUGAAAUACUGUGACACGUGGCUGAUCUGACACAUACACAGGGGCAUAGGAAUCACGUACGCAAAUUGGAAUAAUGGGGGAUAUGACACUUGCCUUUAUAUUUUAUAUUUUGUACUAUGUGUCUCAUGCAGUGUUUGGACGUUCUAGUCCCUUGACGUUGGCUGAAUCCUCACACAGGAAGAAGCACUCAAGAUGGGGUCCCUUUUUCGGAGUGAGGAAAUGUGUCUCACCCAGCUGUUUCUACAGGUGGAGGCAGGGUACUCCUGUAUUGCUGAGCUGGGAGAACUUGGCUUGGCGCAGUUCAGAGAUGUGAGUAUCAUGAAGUGUAAAAUUACAUCAAUGUUCUCAUAAGGUCAUUCUAUGUGUUCUUGGAUUUCUGGUCAGAGCCAGAUUUACAUUUCAGUUGCUUGUAGGCACAAAAGCACCACUUGCUUUCCAACAACCCAAAAAAUGCAGAUAAGGUAAGUAUAAUAAACAUUUUAACUGUACAUUGCAGACCCAAAAAAUCUAUAUUCAUAUUUGACAACUACAUGUGCAUAAAUGUAUGUGCAUAUCUCCACUCUACUUGUAAGAUAUUGUUUGAACCACUGAUCAUAGCGAGUAUAUGCAGUUGUGAACAUGCACGCAGGGUAAAAGGAACAAAAUAGAGUUAGGAACACAAACCUGUAUUCCUAUUGCAAUACUUAUAUUGUCCUAAUAUUCUCCCCAUAGUUGGUGAAAUGGCUUGCUUUUUUCCAGCACCAAGGCUCUCUGGGUAGGUCUCCUCAUCCCGCGAUGUUAUGUCAAUGGUGUGGCCUAAUGUGCAUGAAUCAAUUCUUUCCUGUGGGAAAUUUGAUAAUGUGUAACUGAGUAAAACUCUGUUAGGGACCUGGAUGCGACUCUAAUGGCAGUCCGAAAGACAGUCUUAGAGGUGGAGUUAACCCUGCAAUGCAAUCAGUGCCAUUUUACAUUGCAGGGCUUAGGGCACUGGGGCACCACACCCAGACUACUUCAAUGAAAUUAAGUGGUCUGGGUGCCUUUAGUGUCGUAUUAAAGAUCAUUUUAGAAGUGGUUUGGGUACUGGGGGGUUAACAUCAGGGAUAGAUUACAUAGGGUGUUAAGAAGAACAUAAGAAGGUAAGAUAGUUAAGAAAAUGAAAGCUGUUUAUGAUUAUUGAAUUUAGAGCUGAGUUAAAUUUAUUAUUGGGGUACUUGAGGAGUUUAGUUUUGAAUAAGAGUUAAACAUAGGAUUAAGGCAAAAGGUUUAUUUUCAGGAUUAGGCUUUGACUGCUGGAGUUUGAAGGGUUAUUUGCAAAGUACCCACCCUCCUAUGUCUUCUGUAGACCAGUCAGCCUCCUAUAAUGCAGGCAGAAUUAUACAAUGUGUAUCAGUGGGCAGAUGGAAAGUGAUCCCUUCUUCUUCCUGUCCAAACUCACACACAGAUACUGGAGAAGCUGGAACAGUACUGGCCCCUGUUCCUCACACAAUCAAUACAUCCCUAACCAUAGGCGUGCGCACGGGGUGUGCCGGGUGUGCCUGGGCACACCCUAAUCCCGCGGCACGCCUAUGUGUUGAGACCGGCAGGGGGGAUCUCAGGAUCCCCCCUGUCGGCUCAUGCAUAAGCCUCCCCUCAUCGACUCAUCGAGCUCUUGCCAGCAGCUUCGCCGGGUUCCUCUCGCGAGAUCUGAGCGUUGUCGUGGCAAUGCUCAGAUCUCGCGAGAGUGAACUCUAGCCCCGCAGGCUAGAGUUCACUCACCACUGGACCACCAGGGAAGGCAGAAAGGAUCCCCCCUCCCUACAUAAGUUAAUAAGGGAGGGGGAUAUUAAGUAAUCUGCCCCCACCUCCACUGGACCACCAGGGAAGGCAGCAGCACGGUCCCCCCUCCCUACAUAAUGUAAAAAGGGAGGGGGGAUAUUUAGUAACUAAUCUGCCCCCACCUCCACCCCCAAAAAUCACCCAAACACACAGCACACACAUACACAUACAGCACACACACAGCACCCACACAAACAGCACACACAAACAGCACCCUCACACACACAGCACCCACACACACACACACACACAGCACCCACACACAUACAGCACCCUCACACACACAGCACCCACGCACAUACAGCACACAAACAGCACCCACACACACAGCACCCACACACACACAGCACACACACACACACACAGCACACACACCACCCACACACAUACAGCAAACAAACAGCACCCACACACAUACAGCACACAAACACACACAGCACCCUCACAAAUACACACUGCACCCUCACAAACACACACAUCACCCUCACACACAGCACACACACAGCACCCUCACACACAGCACACAAACAGCACCCUCACACACACACAGCACACAACUAGUACCCUCACACACAAACAGCACCCUCACAAGCGCGCAGAAACACAAACACCCCUCACCCUAACACAGCACACACACACAGCAGUGUAUGUGUGUGUGUAUAUAUGUGUGUAUAUAUAUAUACAUACAUACAUACAUACAUACAUAUAUAUACACGGCUUGUGCUUGUGCUUUAGGGUGCACAUCCUAAUGCAAUAGGCUGUGCAUGCCUAUGUCCCUAACACAAAGAGAGGCAUUAAACAGACAUUGGCUAUACAUACCUUGCUGCUCUAAAUUAAUUUUUAUCCCAGUCCAGCAACGAUACCAACAGAGAGCUCGACAAUGUAAUGCUAGUUUAUUAUAUUUGUUAUAUAAUUAUUAUGACACUCCAGUCAGUGACAGAAAAAGUAUUUGGUUUAUGGCUGUUGCUGGAGCUGCUAACAAACGAAUAGUAUUCACAGGGUUACACUUAAAGGGACAGCUCAUUGAAGUGGUCUGGGUGCAGAGGUGUAAAUAGAAACCACAGGGCCCCGGUGUGAAAAUUGACCUGCCCCCCUUAUGCCUCCCCAUCUUUCCCCCCCGUACCUCUAUGUGUCACAUUCACGCCCCCAGUCCCUCCAUGUGUUUCAUUCACGCCCCACAGGGUGAGUGUGGCAUGGUUGGAGGGAUGAGUAUGACAGAAUUUGAGGGGUUAAUGUGAUAGGGUGUGUGUGGCAGGAUGAAAGGGGGUGAGUGAUGGAGAUUGAGUGUGACAGAAUUAAGGGUAAGGGGUAAGUGUGAUAGUGCUAGAGAAGGUGAGUUUGAUAGAAUGAAUAUGGCAGGGCAAUGGGAGGUGAGUAUGGCAUAGGUGAGUGACAGGAUUGGAGGAGUUAUUGUGAGUUUGGCAGGGUGAAGGGGGUGACAGUGUGUGUGGUGGGGUGACAGUUACGUAGCCACACAUGAAGAUAAACAGACAAACACACACUGACAUACAUGCAGAUACACACCAUAUAACACAUACAGAUACAUACACAGACACACAUGCAGAUACACACCAUAUAACACAUACAGAUACAUACACAGACACACAUGCUGAUAUACAGACACACCUACAGAUACAGACGCACAGAUACACACAGACACGCAAACUAACACACAGAUACACAGACACACAGAAUGACACACAUUCAGAUACACAGAAUGAAACUCCUACAGAUACAAACACUGACACACAUACAGAUACACAGACACACACUGACACAUGCAGAUGCACAGACACUUAAUGACAAACAUUCAGAUACACAGAAUGACACUCAUAUAGAUACAAACAGUGACACACAUACAGAUACGUAGGGCAGACACACACAUAGGGCACGACACACAGAUAGAGACACACAUACUUACAGACACACACACACACACAACUAUAUACAGACACACAUAUAUACAGACACACAUACAUACAUAAAUACAUACACACACAAACACACAGAGACACACAUACAUAUAGACACACAUACAUACCGACACAAAUACACACAGACAAACAUAUAUACACACACAUACAUACAGACACACACAUACAUACAGAGACACUUACAUACCGACACAGAUACACAAACACACACAUGCAAAAUGUUUUAGUCACCCUCUUGUUUUCUACCUUUUAGGUGCAGGAGUGUGACGUCCUUGGGGUCCAGUGGCUGGCUCAGGCUGAUGGGAGUCAGAGCUCCCACUCUGACUCCUUUUCCUCCCACAUGGCGCUCUCUGUAAGCUGUGAGGAAGUGACCAGGGCUGUCCCUUCCUCCCAGUGUCUGACCUCAUCACAGGGGGACCGGUUUCGCUGUUUAAGAGCCGCAGCACUGACCGGACCCCCUGGAAAUACAUUGCCAUCGGGUGGCCCUAACAGCAUGGUGCGGUGGUGUGUUGAAGGAACACUAUAGAGUUAGGAAUACAAACCUAUAUUUAUAAAGCUAUAGUGUCCCUCUCCCUAGCUCUAAAUAGGCCCCCUCUCUUAUUGACAUAAAAAUUAGAAAAAAUAGAGAUUUACUUACUUCCUUCAGCACCAAGGCGCUGCUCACCUCUCUUCCUCACAUGGCAUCAUGAAGGAGGCAGGCAUCCUCUGGCUUGGUCUAGUACAAAGCUCCUCAUAGAGGAGCACUGGGGACCUAUUGCCUAUGUGCAGCGAGUGCCGCACAUACUUUCAAACUUUCCCAUAGGAAAGCACAAAGGUACAUGCUUUCCUAUGGGACUUCCGUGGCAUGUGACUGAGUUUAACUCAGUCAGUGCAGUGGACAUACAGCCACACCAGCUCGGGGUGCACAGCACAGUGCUACCAGUUACUGAAUGUAGCUUGGAGGUGAGCAGGUAAGGGAGGGGGAUGGGGGAGAGACACAUGGAGGUGUUAGGAGAAAGAAUGAGACACAUGAAGGGGGGGAAUGAGACAUAUGGAGGGACUGGGGUGAGGGAAUGAGACACAAGGCAGAGCUAAGGGGGAUAAAUGAGACACAUGGGGUGGGAUGAGACACAUGGAGGGGCGAGAGGGGAAAAUGAGACACAUGGAAGAGCUGUAGGGAGAAUGAAACACAAGGCGGGGCUGGGAGGGAAAUUAGACAAAUGGGUGAGGCAGGGCUAUUUUCUCACUAGGGCCCUGUGGCUUUUAGCUAUGCCACUGGUGUGAGGCUUGGGUAAGAAAGGCGGAGUUGAGGGAGUGGAGAGGAUGGUUUGGAAUGUAGAAUGAGAUGAGAAAAAAGAAGUACAGAGGGAGUGAGGGACCAUGCUUAUUUGAAGGCAUUUAACACGAGGACAGUUAAAGGUUUGAUAAAGGGAUAGAGCAUAAGCAGAACAGGGCAUGUUAGGGAGUACGUUUGCAACUUUUUGCAUUUGUUGAAGUGGAGUAAUCGAAUGUUGUGGAAUGCCAAGUAUUAGGAUGUUAUAGUAAUCAAGCCUGGGAAAGUGGAUAUUCAGUGGAUAGGGAAUUUUGCAGAAGAGAUUAGUAGUGGGUGGAUCUUCUGAAUACUAAAUAGGUGAAAACAACAGACAGAAGUGACAGUGCUCAAAGAACACACUAGGCAAUGAUUAUGUGAUUGCAAUUGCUGGCAAGAGUGAAAAAACAGUAAAAUAAUGAUGUAUGGUGAUAAGGGAAUGUACCACACUAUUUUCUGCACAAUUAAAAAGAUACACAUUUUGUAUUUUCACAAACUACCAGGGUAGAAAUGAUCAUCCUAUAGGGAAUUAAGCAUUUUAGGGAUGUGUUUUAAAUAGGAUGACCAAUGUGACACCUACUAUGCUUUUCCAAGUUACUAUACAUAUGAUUACUGAAAUGUGAAGCUUUAAAUAUAUACAAUUAUGUAUUAUACAUUAUAGCAUCAUACAGAGGUCUGUGUCUGAGCAGCAGAUAUGGUCCAUAAAUGGCACACCUGUGGCAGUUAUAUCCCUUUGAAAGUAAACUACUCAAACACAGCUUUUUCUGUUUCUGGGGUUUUACAGACGAUAUACUGAGAGACUUACUCCACUUAUAACACAUGAAGAAUAUAAUUAAUGAUAUUCAAAUAAGUGAGUUAAUUUAAUAAACCAAUAACUUUGUCAUAGAAACAAGAGACUUUUUUUUUUAUAACAAAAUAGCCAGACUGGGAAAAACCCUCAAACUUUGCUAUUGUUUUUAGCUUAGCUAUUCUGAUCUAAAAUGUGCUAUUUCCUUGUAAUUCUAUCCAUAAUUCUUGUUUUAGUAAAUACAUAAACAAAUGUAAUCCAUAUGUUCACAUUUUUAAUGUAGUAUAUUGAUAUUGAUAACAUCAAACUUGGACAGAUGUCCCCUAUCCUCCAAUAUUGGUCUAUUUAAUUUUUUUUAUUCAUUUCAGUUGAAUGUCAGUGUAAACAACUUCCAACGCAGAUAUGUGAAUGAGGUUCGUCGGUGCGAGGCAAUGGAGAGAAUCCUUCGUAUGUACCAUAAUUUAUAAAUGAAUAACAAGUACUAUGUAAAUGAGAAGAGAGACAUAAGUCUGUGAUAAAACAAGACAUGUAGUCUUUACAACACGUGAACAUAAAAAACAUCCCUUUACAUGUAUAUAGAGAAAAAAGUAGACGGGGCUACUACAUUUUGUUGAACUAACAACUGAAUUGUAAAAUAUAUACCAAAAAGUCUUGUAUGUUUUUCUGUGUUGCCUAUUUUGCACUUUUUUUUCCGGGGGUUUCACAACUUAAUGAAAUUACAUUAUGAGCUUUCUGAAGCAGAGAGGCAGUAAUUCCAAUUUCAGCAGAUUGUGUUCUUCUUUAAUAUUAAAUCAACACUCUAAACACCAUAACCACUACAGCAGACAUUUUCAACUUCUUUUGUGCCUUUUGUUUCAGACUUUUUUCACUCUUUUCUGUACUCCAAAGAAUUUCUGUCAUAUUUUACUCCUCAUUUAUGUUUUUGCUGAUUUUACGAUAAUUUUCAGUAAAUAACAAUACAAAAAGUAAUAUAAUCAGUAAAUAAGAAUAUAAACAAAUAAUGGAAAAAAAAGAGACAGGAUAGCAAUUUGAUUAUAUAUUAUGCAUUAAACAAAAAGCAAUAACUGGAACUAUGCUUACCUGUCACACAAAAUCAUCAUACAGACACUGGCAAAAAUUGAUUGGCAAGAAAUGUUGCACAUUUGCUCCUUUUUGAACAAAAAAAAAGAACAAAAAUGUAAAUGUGAGAGGGGACAACUUCAUGGAAAAAGUGCAAAGAGCAAAAUUAUGGCCCCCCCUUCCCUCUGUAAUGCAUACCUUCCAAUAUUUCAGAUGGACACUUUCAUUUUAGGGGUUUAAGUGGGUGUUAAGAGACAUUUUAGGGGACUUAGUAAUAUCAAUUUAAGCAACUAAAAUGUAAUUUUGAGCAAGAAUAAUGUAUCUUAUUUUCACAGAUUGAUUUCUAAAUACAUUUAUUGUAGUUAAACCCUUAAGGACCAAACUUCUGGAAUAAAAGGGAAUCAUGACAUGUCACACAUGUCAUGUGUCCUUAAGGGGUUAAAGACACAUUCCUGUGAAUAUUAUUGCUGUGGAGCUCUGUUAUACACUCAGACAUGCCAAAAAAUAAAGAGCUCCUAGAAAAGAUGGACAAUGGGAUAGAGAAGAGAGACAGUGGGAAAUUGGGCUCCGAUAAGACCUGUCCCAUCUAAAUAGGGAAACUUGUGAGAGAUACAUAAUCACUAUGUCAUUUGUACUUUUUCCAUUGCCCUUCUUUCCUGUCAUGUUCCUGCUGCUCUAUAUCUUUAUCAAUUCUAAUCUCCACUCUUCUAAUCAGCACUGUGCUAAGAUCUGUGACUUGUGUCACUAACAUGUGCAGCUUAACAUUGAACAUUAACAUUGAAGCUUUAGAUAUGGCUGGUGGAGAAGGGGUGAAAAAAGAGGUUGGAAAAGGAUAACUGGUCCUAACCACUGUUAACCACUCUAUGGCAAACGUGGGUGUAGGUUUUUCAAUGACAACCGCUUUCCUAGACCAUCAAGGAUUUUUCCCCUACCAACCCCCUGCAAAAUUAUUUGUCCAUGAUCUGCCCAUUCCCCAACCCAUGUUUCCUAUAGUCAUGGUUUCUAGGUUGAGAUGUAGACAAGUCUGAAAACUACAUAGAAACAUAGAAUGUGACGGCAGAUAAGAACCAUUCGGCCCAUCUAGUCUGCCCAAUUUUCUAAAUACUUUCAUUAGUCUCUGGCCUAAUCUUAUAGUUAGGAUAGCCUUAUGCCUAUCCCACGCAUGCUUAAACUCCUUUACUGUGCUAACCUCUACCACUUCAGCUGGAAGGCUAUUCCAUGCAUCCACUACCCUCUCAGUAAAGUAAUACUUCCUGAUAUUAUUUUUAAACCUUUGUCCCUCUAAUUUAAGACUAUAUCCUCUUGUUGUGGUACUUUUUCUUCUUUUCCUGCUGCUCUAUUACAUUGUCUGCCUACUUUUAAGUCAUCUGAAAUAAUUACCCCUGAAUCCCUUUCCUUAGCUGUUGAGGUUAGUAGGGUAUCAAAUAUCCUAUACUCUGCCCUUGGGUUUUUAUGUCCAAGGUGAAACUAUAAACUAUAGACAGCAUUUUCCUUUAGCUUUUCUUUUAGCUUUCCUCUAAGCUUAGUAUUUAUCUGUCAUCAUAUUCAAUAUAAAAAUAAUUGAAUAACUUUAUCUGUAAGAGUAUACAUUCCCCAGCACUACUAUAGAAUUUUUUUUAGUGAUUAGAUAAAUAUUCAGAUUGUAAAAUAAUAUUAAACUUACAGAAUUAAUCAGCAUUUAUUUGUUGCCAGUGAGAAUAACAGCACCAAUAAACUUAGUAUCUGCUUUCAUUUUUCUACAUUAAAGUCAAUGUGUGCUUUAAUGUGCGAUUGGGUAACUUUUAGGAUUUCUGGAAAGUGAGAUGGAAAAUGACAAGAUUGUGAUCCAAUUGCCAGAGAAACUUCCACAGACCCCACUGCCACGGGAAAUGAUAGAUCUGGAGGUGAGAGAGAUAAACUAGAUAGCAGGAUCAGUGGGCAAAAACAGAACAAUGCUGGCUGGGGUGGGUGGGCAAUGUCUUCUAUGCUCCCUUAUCUUUGGUGUAAUACUCCUAAUAAAGCCACAGGCAGCCCGUUUGAUGAUCCGAUAUUCAGGAAGAUGCACUCCUGCCCCACUUUUGUACCUUUUCUGGGCUCCCUUGGACGUUAGUACUGGGUGUUUUGGUAAAGUCCUAUUUUUCUAGUUCCACUGGGGAGAUAGCUCCAUUUAUCCUUAUUGGCUACAUGUCCAUCCCUCAUCCAAAACCUACCAAAAUACAGUCAUGUCUGCUUUACUCAGGAAUGGACCCAGCAUUUCCAGACCUGCCACUAGAAUGAGUCAGGCAAUAUAUUUGAAUAACAUGAAUAUGUAUAAAUACCCCUUAUAUGCAUCAACAAAAAUAAAUGUGUAAAAAUAGAGUGACAGGAUCAUAUGUGUGGCCACGUGUAUUGUAACAGGAUGGUCAAGUCUGAUUGAACCACAAAGGACUCCUAAGACCAUACUUUGUGUAGAGCUGCCACUGGGGAUAGGCAGGUGUGGCUAACUAUUAGCCCUGAUUUGUUCUGCACACAACUUUUUUUAUUUGUUCGUAGAAGUGAUUGCGAUUAAAUUUACUUUAGGUAUCCCUAAGCACACGUAUUACAGCCACAAUAAUGGAUGAUAUUGAACAGGAUUGUUUGGUACAGUCUGUCAACUUUACUUGACUGAUUAUCUGAACUGCUCCCAAUUAUUAGAUGCUAAAUAAUUCUGGGGUAAUGAGAAUAGAUCUUCGGUGUAGAAAUCUCAUUUAAUUUUCUGAGAGUGUUUGUUCCAUGACUAAUGCACUUUUGGAGGUCCGGUUCGAUGAGACUGCACUUUUAAUAAUGACUAACCAUUUUCCCUGUAACAGACAGUCCUAGAGAAACUGGAGGGAGACUUACAGGAGGUAAACAGGAAUCAACAGACCCUCAAACAGAAUUUUCUAGAGCUGACGGAACUCAAGCACCUUCUUAAGAAGACUCAAGAUUUUUUUGAGGUAUUGAACUCAAGUAUUUCUAUUACUUACUUCCAGACGGAUCCUCUUUGAGACCUCUAUCACUCUGUCCCUAAUUCCUAUAUUUUUUUCCAGGACAUUAGAAUGUACAGUAUUCAUGAUCGUACCACAGAUUUUCAAGCAGUGCUUGUGCCAUAGAGCUGCCCUGUAAUAAAAUUUACACUAUUGUGCAGUGUGCAAGAUUAUCUCACACUGCCCCACAGCCAUUAAAUGUACACAUAUAUCAGUGUUUUAUUGGAGAUUCUAAGGUUAAAAAUAAAUACAUAGAAUGUUCCUAUAAUGUAGAUUCAGCCCCCUCCCCUUUACAAUUAAAAAAUAUAUAACAAAGAUAAACAUUUCUCAGGCUGCUUGAUUGUUCUUUCCCAGUAGGAAAAAUCAGGCCUACAUACAGGUAACAAAGUGUCUUGUGCAGUACCAUGGAACAGAUAGGUGACUGUUAAAUGACUAGUUUUAUUAAAAGUAUAAUACAUUUUUUUUUUUUCAGGCAGAAGCAAAUUUGCCAGAUGAUUUCUUCAGUGAGGACACCAGCAGCCUGCUGGAGCUCAGAACCGUUCCAUCGGCGGCUGCAGCUGGAAAACUGGGGUAUGUGCAGCCUGGGCCUGUUUUCUGCUCAAACCAGCAAAUAGAGGGAACUGUCAUAGUUUGAAUGUUGUUUCAUCAUUGUUUAUUAUUGUAAUGCGUGAUUCAGUUUAUAUUGGUAUGUAUUUAUCUUUUAUCUCUGAACAGUCUGGUAUGAGAUAGGAUUGUUCCAAUUUAAGGGUUCUGUCCUGUCAUCCUGGGCUGAUUCUCUGGUGUCCUGCAUCUUUGGACACCAGGGAACUAUCCCUAGCAUCCUUAUGUCUGUCUAUCUAUCUGACAGUCUGUCUCCAGGAAUUUGGCGCAAUGGCGCAAUGAAAAGAAAAGUUCAGCCCAUGGACUAAAACAAUAUCAAUAUUUUAUUUCAACUUGCAUAUAAUGAAACUCAAAAAUACAACUUUUUUAUAUUUUUAUUCUAAACCAAGUUACUUUUGAUAUGUGUAUAUAUAUUUUAUGUGAUGGAUUCCAAAAUAGUCAGGUAUCUCCUCUUUGAAUUGAUAUAAACCAUUUUAUAUUUCCUAUAUUCCUACACCCCUCUUAUAACCACUAUUUCUGCAAAAUCUGUAAUGCCGACUGCUUUGUAUUAGCAGUAGGAUUUUGGCAAACAUGCUGUUAAACAUCAUAAGUCAUGUUUAUUUGUGGUUAUAUUUUUAAUUUAAGGAGUCUCUCACUGUUAUUAUGAGAUGCCGUGAACGCAGACUUUAAACAGAUGUUUCAGUCCAGGACAUUGUUUCUACAUUUGUAGAAACAAGGUGACUAACCUACGGUUUGCUUAAUAUGGCUCAGCAAGGUGACCCUUCAAAAUCCUGCAAGGUCCCUGAUUUUCUGGUAUAAGUUUGAUCGAUCAGGAUUGUGCAAGUUGGACCAGAUUUGUGCUCUCUUGCAGAUUCACUGCUGGGGUGAUUGGGAGGGAGCGAAUGGCAACGUUUGAGAGGCUGUUGUGGAGAGUUUGCAGGGGAAACAUUUAUCUGAAAUACAGUGAACUGGAUACCACCCUGGAAGAUCCAGUUACGGUAAGGAGCAUUAAAUAAGAUUGGGCACAUUUUAUUCAUGUUUAGUAAACAGCUGAGAACUCUCGCCACUCAUUCACUAAAGCCUAUUUUUCUAUCUAGAAAACAGAGGUAAAGAAGAAUGUUUUCAUCAUAUUCUACCAAGGGGACCAGCUGAAACAAAAAAUAAAGAAAAUCUGUGACGGGUGAGAUCAAAUUUCAAUAUAAAGAGAACUAUAUACAUUAUCAGGGCAGGACUGGGGAUAGUUAGCCGCCCUGAAAAAUGAUUUUAUACCAGUCUCAUUUUGCUUUGCGGCAACACCGCUUGCACUGCACAUAUACUCAAGCCUUGUAUUGCUCUGUGUUAAAAGAGUGAGAGUUAUUAAGAAGGAAACAAAAAGCUUGAAGGGCCUCUACAUGUAUGUAUCUCCUUGGAAAUGAUUAGAAAAUAAAAUGCUGCUUCUUUAAGCAUAUCCCAAGUUUGUGCUCUCCCUGUUCUCCCGUCACAUUUUAUAGCUAUAUAUGAAAGAGCACCUAUGGUGUUAUUCACAUAACAGAUAAUACAACGAAUAGUGAGCUAAUAGCGACCACAUUGCAGUUAUUCACAACUGGACAUUUUUUUAGAUCAGUGCCAACAAAAACAACUUCUCUAAAGUAUGCAGAAUUGAUGUUAUAUUCUCAGCUCAGAUUGAGAACAAUGAGAGUACUUAUGAUGACUAACGUGUCUUUUUAUAUUUAUUUAUCUAUUUAUGUGUUUGUUUUUUUUUGGUCCUUCUAUAUUAAAUCAUUACAACUGCCAUCUAUCCUGUGAAAUAGAACUGUGUUUCACUAUGCACAGAAUAGAAAAGUAAGGGGCAUGAAUAGCUUAGAAAAUUGUAAUUUGGAUGAAUGAUCUGCAUGCUAGAUUAAAAUGUAUGUGAACUCUACAUGGAACAUUUAUUUUUUGCCUUUUCUUUAAAGUCCAUCUACCAUUUCAGUUACUGCUUCUUUGCUGCCCAAAGUAACAUUUCUUUAUUACAACACAACACAUUUCCCCCAUGCCAUCAUUUUCCUCAUCCACACCAUACUUGCUUGCUGUUAAUUCCAUCUACUUAUGUUUAAUUCUUCUAUCAGAACAAGGUCCAUGUUUUAACUCAUAAAUGUAUCCAUAUUAUUUUAACUCUUUCACACAACUCAUGCAAAUAUUAUAUAUUUUACAACUAGCUGUGCUGGGGAACCCAAUUCUAUUUUCAUACCUUUGUGAGUAGUUGCGUCACAGAGGCUCAGUAGAGAUUGAGAAGGGACUAGGUAUGUGCCUAAAUACUUGGUGACUUUGGUGAAUGACUUUGAGCCAAGGAAGAACAUUCACCAGCAGCCUGACUAGCUCCAACCACUCUGACCCACAGAGAAAUCUUAGUUUGCCUGUCUGGCCCUGAAAGUUCUUGUCAUCCUAUCUAUAUUUUGGAUGGAUAUAAAUACAUUGGCUAUUUGUUUAGUUGGUGAGGAAAAAGUGACAUCAUGUGGGAAAGUUCUGGGGACUGAAGGUGAGAGACAUGGCAACUGAUUACAAGAGAUAUGAAAAGGAAAGACACACAAGAGGUAAGGCAGUCAGAAAAGACACAAAAUAGGUGAACAGGGUGACGAGAGACUUGGCAUGGCUUGGAAUCCAACCAAGCAUAGCACUCUUAUAGGAAGUCUCAUAAGUUAAUGUAUGUAGAGAUAUACAGUUUUGAUAUAUAUAGACGUAGGAGACUAGGCAUCUCAUGGGUUUUUCUUGGGCCUAUAUUAUAAAGGGCUCAGGAGACUAGGCAUCUCCUUGGCCCCAUUACUGGGACAAAUAAAAAGGGCCAAAUAUCCCUAGACUGUUUGAUUACCAUUCAACCUGCUGCCAAUGUAGUAAAGGUAGGUGAGGUAGAUGCUAAUUUACUCCCCAGAUUGUUAUUAAACCUGGGGAAGAUUUUUAGUAAAUUGGGCUCAAUAGUCACCCAGACCACUUCAGCUUAAUGAAGUGGUCUGGGUGCCAGGUCCAGCUAGGCUUAACCCAUUCUUUUAUAAACAUAGCAGUUUCAGAGAAACUGCUAUGUUUAUGAAUGGGUUAAGCCUUCCCCCAAAGCCUAUAGCGACUGUCUCAUUGACAGCCGCUAGAGGCGCUUGCGUGAUUCUCACUGUGAAAAUCACAGUGAGAGCACGCAAGCGUCCAUAGGAAAGCAUUGAUAAUGCUUUCCUAUGCGACCGGCUGAAUGCGCGCGCAGCUCCUGCCGCGCGUGCGCAUUCAGCCGACGGGGAGGAGAGGAGGAGGAGAGCUCCCUGCCCAGCGCUGGAAAAAUUUAAGUUUUUACCCCUUUCCCCCUUCCAGAGCCGGGCGGGAGGGGGACCCUGAGGGUGGGGGCACCCUCAGGGCACUAUAGUGCCAGGAAAACGAGUAUGUUUUCCUGGCACUAUAGUGGUCCUUUAACUGAAUCAUGCUUUAAAAGGAUAUGAUUGAGAAAUGGCUUGAUUUUAUCAGUUGAUGUGCAUCACAAGAUAGCAGUGGUUUAAACAUACAGAGAACUAGGGGACAAUUAUACAGACAAUGGAAAAAAAAAUUAUGAAAAUGAGGGGUCAGUUUAUGAAUUAAUAAAUAGAGUUACUGGUGUAAUCUAUCACGUUUUGUGGAUCUAUAACAUACAGCAUACCCAGUGGGGUUAGAAGAUUGAUGAGAUAUAUAAAAAAAAAUACAAAAUAAGUUCAGAAGAGGGAAAGGAUUGAGAAUCAGAGCCGUGUGAAAUGUAAAAAAGUGAUAAAAAAACAUACCUUUUUAAGAAAAUGGGUGAUUAGAUGUGGCUUGUAAGUACACUUGAUGGUAAUCACAUUCUGGGUUUCCAUUGUAGUUUCAUAAUAUAACUUUCUGCUACUUAACAAUGAGCUACAUAGGGGGUUGGGUAAUUAGAAAGUGCUAACCUCACCUAUUACUUUUCUAGAUUUUGCAUUUGUUCCUAGUAUCAGUUAUUUCUAGGUGGAUAUGCUAAUAAAAUAUCUAUUGCACACAUCAUGAGCAGCAUUAAAGACAAAGAGUCCUUUGCAUAUGAAACAUCAGAAAGUUCUUUAUAAUCUCCUCAGUGUUCAUACUUUUGUCUAACAGUUUCAAAGCCACAGUCUACCCAUGUCCAGAGUCAGCGACAGAACGUCGAGACAUGGUAGCAGAUGUAAACACAAGGAUUGAAGAUCUGAAUACUGUGAGUGUGAAUUCAUUUUCAUACAACAUUCUGUUGUCUAGUACUAUUUCUCCCACAGUAAGGUGCUGUAUCCGCAGUUUUUGGAUGUUAGCCCAGAAUAAGUUUUUUUUGUUUUUUUUACAGUUUCAGUAUUUUGUAAGGCUCGGCAGUACAAAAUGAAAUCAACAUACUUUGAUACCAAUUGUUUGGCUACAUCUCUUGUAUGUAGUUUCCCUAUUGAGAAGAACACAUUUAAUCUAUACUGUACUUUUAUGCUCUUAUAGCAUACUACAGGUUUCAUGUUGAAUGCCGUGUUGGGACAUUAUGUUUUCUUAUUCACAUAAUAUUAAUUGAUUUCAUAUUUCUCGUAUUGUAUAGUUACCUUUUUUUUUUCUACCUCACUCAAAUGCACCUAGUGAACCAUAUAUCAAAGUUUUUAGUUUUUUUUUUGUCAACCUUUCUUUUAUUGAGGCAUACGAGGUGGGGUACAAAAUAAAGAGAGGGAAAUGCAAUAAUGGUUUACAGUGGAGGGUUCGUACAUCAUUAACUUUAAGAAACUACAUUUCCUGAGUAGCGAUGCCUCAUUUUUUUUCCCCGGCAUGUUGUGUAGCAAAAACAUAUUAUAGCCAGAAGCAAUGCCUGUCUAGAUAAUCUAUUAAAAAAGAAUCAGUAGGAUAUAUAACAUCGUAGACACACAUUAGGUGAUUAAAUUGUCAGGCUGAACAUUCAAGAAUAUUGCAAGCUAGAUAACUAUCUGAAUACACAUCAGUAGAAAAAACAAUUUGUAAGGAGGUAUCUAUGCUGAACAGUGGUAGCUGUGCUCAAGGCUAGACAUAUAUGGCUGUGUGAGUUUACUAAAAGCAUACAUUUACACUUCACUGGGCAUGCGACAGGUGUAUACAUAUGUAUGAGGUGCCUAUGUUUGCCUAGCUGUGUAGGUUGAGUGUAUUCUCUGAGCCUCACUGUGGAAAGAAUCAAAGUUAUUAAGAUAUCCUGGUCACAUUUUCAGGAUGACAGUAAAUGCCCUACAUUCUUAGUUUGGUUUUCUUCCCCUUCCCAAUAAAAAGCACACAUUCCAUAACUUGACAAGAAUGAGAGACAUUUUAGAAAAAUUUAAAUUCUUUAGAAGGAAAUGUUACUCACAGUUACUACCUUAUUCGCCCUCUUUAUCCUUAAUAUUGCUGUUUUCCAUUUCCAGGUUAUCACCCAGACUGAAUCUCAUCGGCAGAAAGUGCUGCUAGAAGCGGCUAAGAAUCUGUGCAUUUGGGGCAUUAAAGUGAAAAAGAUGAAGGCUGUGUAUCAUGUUAUGAAUUUGUGCAACAUUGACGUGACCCAGCAGUGUGUCAUUGCUGAAAUCUGGUGUCCAGUAGCUGACAAAGAACGAAUUAAACGAGCACUUCAACUGGGCAUGGUGAGCAAAGCAAAACAGUGGUGGCCUCUCAUAUUUGCAUAAAUGUUGGAAUAUAGGCAUAUUCAUUUUCUUGUUUUUCUUGUCCAUGCAUAUAAACUUCUGCAGUUACCUAUGCGUAUUGUACCAAAUGAAGUUCCCCCCUUAAAUCUUUCCAUGUUGUUCUCAAACUAUUCCUUCUAAAAGGGAUACGGUGGGCACCCAGACCACGUUAUCUGAAUCAAGUCCCUGUAGUUUUAACCCUACAGGAAUGGCAUUGUUUACAUUACACUUUGACAGCCACUAGAAGUGGUUCCACCAAAAUAGCACUAGCCUCUCAAUGCUCUACAGUGGAAGAGCAUGAGAUUGGCUAAGAUCAUCAAGAUUGAUGAUCUCAGCCAUGAAGGCUGGGCGACUGCUGAGAGCAGCAUGGCAUGGGAGAAAAGGUAAGCAAACUAUCUUUUUAACCCUCACCUAAACAGUGACUAGGACAGUAUAGCGUUAGGAAUACACGUUAGUAUGUAGUAUUCCUUUAACUUAAUUGGCUAUCAAAUUCUUACCAUGAUCAACAAGAUCUAAGUUGAAUUUUCUAAGCUUUAUCAAAGAGCACAUUGUGUACAGGGCAAUAUUUUAACUGAUAUUGAGCUUGAUAAAGAGUGUUUAGUGUUUGAAACAAUGCUCUGUGCACAAUGUGCACUUUAAUAAAGGGAUACUGAAGAACUGAGGACAUGCUGGAGUAUUGUUUAUGGUUUACUACUUGAACUGAAUGAAUAAAGCUAUACUUCUAUUCAUCCUCUAGUGUCGGUGUUGUUCCAUACUCAUGAUUGUGGAUGUACUUAUUUUCUAAAAAGGUAAUUUUCUAUGUUUUGUUCCAAUGUAAGCUUGUUCGUGAAUUUUCUCUUUCUUCAGGAGCGCAGUGGUUCCACCAUUGCUCCUAUUCUGACCAACAUCUACACGAAGUUGGAGCCUCCAACCUUCAAUCGCACUAACAAGUUCACGGCUGGCUUCCAAAACAUUGUGGAUGCCUAUGGUGUCGGGAAUUACCGGGAGAUGAACCCAAGUAAGCCUCUUGUUCUGCAACCAUAUCUAUGACCUACAUAACAUGGAAUGGACAGUCAAGGAAAUGGAACUAAUAUAUUGAGUUCAGCAUAUAUUUUUUUUGUCUAACUCAACCAAUCUUAGUAUGUACUUUGAAUUCAAAAGAGAAAUGCAUCCUUCUCAAUACAUACACCUGAAACCCUUGCCCAGUUUUGUGACCUUUUUAGAUAAAUAAGUGAAACAUAAUAUUUUUUAUUAAAGGGACGCUCCACUGUCCAAAUAAAAAUAAAUAAAUCAGUAUUUAGGAGAUAUACCCCCAAUUAACACACAUGCAUGCCUUUAAUUAUGCAUUUUUAAUUUUUCACACAUCUAAAAACAGCUUAUAAAAGCUGCAGAUCUCUUGUCUGAAGACUUUGCAACCCUACCCGACUUGUUUCUCAGCCCAUUCUUUCUGUGGCUGUCCAAUCACAGACUUCCAAAUGUAGCUCUAUGAGAAGUCCUUGCAAAGCAGCAAUUGUUGCAUCUUGAUCUUAGCUGCACUGAGAUAAACAAACAAGGGACUAACAAGACCUGUUGUGUGACUGACAAUAAGGGUGGGAGGGGGGGAAGGAGGGGGAGAAGAGGGAGUGUAACAAGGUUAAUUUGUGAAAGUGUCAAUUUCUAUUGCAAUCUGCAAAUGAAGAAAGAGAACACACUCUUCAGGCAUAAAACUAAAGUGCUUUACGUGUGUAGAGUGUUCCUUUAAUGUCCACAUGGUGACACAAGUUGUGGUCAUGAAACACUGUAUGCAAACUGAAACUUUCUCCACUAUAGUAUUAUAUUUGAAUAUGGCAAAACAGUGAAGUUACUGUUUAGUAUACAUUCAAAUAUUGCAAAAUACAUUUUUUAUAUACAUUCAUCACUUAUUUUAUUAGUGUGUCUAAAGGACAAGCUUAUCUUUUUUUUAAAUUAAUUUCAAUGUAAUGAGUCUAAUUCAAAGUUUUCUUUGCAGCUCCUUACACUAUCAUCACUUUCCCUUUCCUCUUUGCGGUCAUGUUUGGUGACUGUGGUCAUGGUGCUGUCAUGCUGGCAUUUGCCCUCUGGAUGGUUUUCAAUGAAAAACAACUGCUGUCUUCCAAGAGUAAUAAUGAGGUGAGACAACUGAGCAUCAGCAAUUUCUGAUUUACCUUUUGUGUCAUGAUUUUUUCUUCUACAUUGAAAAAAACGUAGGAGGGCCAGUCCUUAUUUAGACCCCAAAUCCCUCUUUUCUUCCUUUCUAACCUUAAUGCCCCUCUUUUCUAAGAGCACCAUAGAGUUGGUGUGUCUGAAGGAAUAAUAUAGCUCUACAGCAUUAAUAUUCACAGUAAGUUGUCUUUAUACAAAAAAAAAAAAAAAAAAAUGUGUUUAGAAAGGAGCCUGUGCAAAUAAAAUACAUUUUUAAAUUACAUUUUAUUUUCAGAAAUUAUUAGUAAGUCACUGAAAAUUUCUCAAAUUCCGGCCCUGGCCUCACUUUCAAUAACAACCCUAAAAUAAAGUGUCUCUCUUUGUCCAUUGGAAAUGUUGGAAGGCAUGACUAAUAAUAUCACUGUUACAUCAUCAUCAAAUGCAUUACUUUGUACUAAUUAUGGACAUACUGAUUGAGAUGUAGGUAUUAUUUUUAUCGAGUCAUUAACAGCAUUUAGUGUACUCAUGGCUUGAAUGAGUCUGGAUCCCAUAAUCACAGCAACGUACUGACAAAACCAUCAUUGUGAGUAAGGUACUGAAAUCAAGACAUUCUGGUCAGCUUUUAUGUUGAUGUUUUCAAUUGCAGAUUUGGAACACAUUCUUUGGAGGCAGGUACCUAAUUCUCCUGAUGGGCACCUUCUCCAUAUAUACUGGAUUUAUUUAUAAUGACUGCUUUUCCAAAUCCUUCAACAUAUUUGGAUCAUCGUGGAGAGUACGACCAAUGUUUACAAAUAGCACAUGGAAGUAAGUCUCAAAAAUAUAAAGAAUAUAGAGAAGCUCCUGAGGAAGUCUGGCGACGAAACGCCUUGAGCAUUGAAUAUUGAGCACUAUCUGGGACCCUGCAUUGUGGUAUCAGCGGCUUUAUUGUGUGUGUGUGCUGAUUGUUUACAUUUAUACUUUGGGCUAUUUGUAUGUGUAUGUGUCAUUGGCUUGGUGCACUUUUGGUAUUAGUACUUUGUAUUUGAGCAUUUGCACUUUCACAUUGUACUUUGCACUUUAGCAUUUGCACUUCAUUGCCCAGUUCAGCAUUAUGUAUUAGUGAGCUGCUAUAACUAUGGGUUCCUGCUUAUUACAUGUUUUGGCACUUAUUAUUGUGCUGUUAUUUUAUUAAUCUUGUAUCAAUAAAUGACUAUUUUUAUUUAGACACUAGUUAUUAUUUAUUGUUCUUGCCCUCAUAUAUACCGAUAUAGUGACUGUGGCGCCCUGUUACUUUGUAUAUAUUUUUACUUUAUUAUUGGAUUUGGAGUGUCCAAUUUACAGAGGCUGGCCUGCACUUGGUUUAUAUCUAUUUUUAUUGUUCACUCACCUAUCUUUCCAUUUUCAAAAAUAUAAAUUCUUCAAUCAAGUUUCAUUGUAGCUCAAAAUGGUGCUACAUAUAUAAGUAGUAUUAUACUAGCCAUGAAAACGUCAGUGUAGGAAGGAGUCAGAGGUGAAUUUAUAUGACCACACAGGUGAACCCUACGAACAAACUAGACAAAGUGCAUACAGAGAACAUUCAAUGGAGGUUAUAAGUAUCCUAGAAAUUUGGUUGUUUUUUCUGAAAUUAAAGUUUAGCAUAUACACUAUUAGUGGAUGGCGUAGAGCAUGUGUUUGGAACAGCCUGGCAAACCACAAAUUAAAACAAGUUUUCAAACUUACUGAUACCUUAAUUGGUUAUACAUAUUUGCUGUGUGCUACUAAUUGUUUGUAGCUGAUGGACACCAAUUGUCAGCCUGGUAUGUUUUGUUUUCUUUUCUAGUGAUGCUUUGCUUCAUCAGGGAAUUCAGUUACAGCUGGAUCCUGCGGUGCCUGGAGUGUUCUCAGGAAAUCCUUAUCCUUUUGGCAUUGAUCCCGUAUGUAAACCAUCUUUAAUUAAUAUUAUUAUAGUUUUUACGCUAAAGACAGUGAUUUGCAGACAUUUAAAUGUGUCAAAAAAACUAUGUUAAUUUUGAAAUGCCACUAGUACUAUAGAGGGUGAAUUCUAAAAAUGUCAGUAAUGUCAAAUGUAUUAAAUAUUUAAUACACACUGAGAACACAAAGUGCUAAAAAGCAAGCAAGAAACAUGCACUCAAGUGGGAGAGGUUAUCAUCGUUGGAAUAAUAAGAAUUGUUUGGUUGACAAGUAUCUGUGUACAAUAAUGGUGAUAUACUUUUAAACUGUUAAUAAUUUUUAGGGUUACAGAGUCAGAGCUUUUGGAAAAUUUUAAAUGCAGAAUAAACCUCUAAACCACUAUUCAUUACAUUGCAUCUGUUCACCCUCAGAUCUGGAAUAUUGCUUCAAAUAAGCUAACCUUCCUGAACUCCUACAAGAUGAAAAUGUCCGUGGUCAUGGGUAUCUCGCAGAUGGUUUUUGGAGUGAUCAUUAGUCUUUGUAAUCACAUGUAAGUCUUUCUUUAGCUAUUGCAGGAAUUAGCAGCUUUUGAACUUUUUGUGUGUUUUUAUUUUUAUUUGAAAAACUUUAUUGAGUUUUACAAAAUUUAGAAGAGGUAAGAGGAUACAGAAAAGAAAAGGUAGGGGAUGGGGUGCAAUAACAAUACAUAGCUAAUUUCUGUGCACAUUACAUUAUACUAGGCAUGAUACAUUUUAUUAUCGACCUCACAGUACAUUCCCAUGACACAUUUUCUUUCAGUUGUGGUUUUUUAAUGGGUAACACACAAACCGUUAUGCUUGACAGCAGUGUAUGUUCACUUGAUAUUAAAGCAACCAGUGAAUUUGAUUUAAUAUGCUUACAACACUUUUAACUACAAUCCCAAAAUAACCUGUUCUGAUUUUCAAGCAUGUCAACUAGUGAUGUCCCGAACGGUUCGCCGAACAUAUGACUCUGUACAAUCAGCCAAUCAGCAGCAGACCCUCCAUCCCAGACCAUCCUACCUCCUGGACAGCUCACUAAGAAUGCAGCUUCAAAAUGGAUGCUGUCCAGGAGGUGGGAGAGUCUGGGAGGGAGGGUCUGCUGCUGAUUGGCUGGAAUGUGUCUGCUAACUGUGAGGUACAGGGUCAUAUGUUCGCCGUCUGCGGCGAACCGUUCGGGACAUCACUAAUGUCAACAUAUACAGUAUGUCUCUGUUAAAGAAACACUAUAAACAACUUCACCUUAAUGAAGCAGUUUUGGUGUACAGAGUAUACCUUUAAGGUUUCACUACUCAAUUAUCUGCUAUUUAGGAGUUAAAUCACUUUUGUUUCUGUUUAUGCAGUCCUAGUCACACCUCCCAGGCUGUGACUGACACACGCUGCAUGAAAACAAAAUGGUUUAUUUUUCAGUCAGACGUAACUUACUUUCAUUUUUUUAUCUCUUGCUCUGUAUAUUUAACUUUAAUUACACACAAGAGGCUUGUGCAGGGUCUAGCAAGCUAUUAAAAGAGAACAAGAUAAGAAAUGAUAAAUUAAACAAAAUUUGCAAUAGAGGAAGUGUAACUAUUAGAUGACUGUUUACAGGAAAUGUGUAUAGGAAGACUGUAUAAGUCACAUGCAGGGAGGUGUGACUAGGUCUGCAUUCAAAGAGAUUUACAUAGUUACAUAGUUACAUAGCUGAAAAGAGACUUGCGUCCAUCAAGUUCAGCCUACCUCACAUUUGUUUUUUGCUGUUGAUCCAAAAGAAGGCAAAAAAACCCAGUUUGAAGCACAAUUUUGCAACAAACUAGGAAAAAAAUUCCUUCUUGACCCCAGAAUGGCAGUCAGAUUUAUCCUUGGAUCAAGCAGUUAUUACCCUACAUUGAAAGAUUAUAUCCUUGAAUAUUCUGUUCUUGCAAGUAUGCAUCUAGUAGCCAUUUGAACAUCUGUAUGGACUCUGAUAAAACCACUUCCUCAGGCAGAGAAUUCCACAUUCUGAUUGUUCUUACAGUAAAAAAACCUUUCCUUUGCCUUAGACGAAAUCUUCUUUCUUCCAGUCUAAACUCAUGGCCUCGUGUCCUAUGUAAAGUCCGGUUUGUGAAUAGAUUUCCACACAAUGGUUUGUAUUGGCCACGAAUAUAUUUGUAUAAUGUUAUCAUAUCCCUUCUCAGGCGACGUUUUUCUAAACUAAAUAGGUUUAAAUUUGUUAACCUUUCUUCAUAGCUGAUAUGUUCCAUUCCUUUUAUUAAUUUUGUAGCCCGCCUCUGCACUUUUUCUAGUGCCAUAAUAUCCUUCUUUAGAACAGGUGCCCAAAAUUGCACAGCAUAUUCAAUAUGGGGUCUUACCAGUGAUUUAUAAAGAGGCAAAAUUAUAUUCUUGUCCCGAGAAUGAAUGCCCUUUUUUCAUGCAUGACAAUACCUUACUGGCCUUGGCCACUGCUGAUUGACAUUGCACAUUGUUGCAUAGUUUGUUGUCUAUAACAAUUCCCAAGUCCUUUUCAUGUGUUGUUAUCCCUAAUUCGCUUCCAUUAAGGGUAUACGUUGCUUGUGUAUUCUUUACGCCGAAGUGCAUAACUUUGCAUUUUUCAACAUUAAAUUUCAUCUGCCAUUUGAGUGCCCAGUCCCCCAGUCUAUCUAAGUCCCUCUGCAGCAAAGUAAUAUCUUGCUCACAUUGUAUUGUUUUACAAAGUUUGGUGUCAUCUGCAAACACUGAAACAUGACUUUCAAUGCGGUCUUCAAGAUCAUUUAUAAACAUGUUAAAUAGAAGGGGUCCCAGAACAGACCCCUGAGGGACACCACUUGCCACCUCUGUCCAGCUUGAAAAUUUACCAUUUAUAACAAUUCUUUGUUCUACCCAAGAACAAGCAUUUACAUCUAGACCGAUUUCCUUGAGUUUGAACACUAAUCUAUUGUGUGGAACUGUAUCAAAUGCCUUGGCAAAAUCCAAAUAGAUCACAUCCACGGCAACACCCUGAUCUAUACUUCUACUUACUUCUUCGUAGAACGCAAUCAAGUUAGUUUGACAUGACCUGUGCUUCAUAAAACCAUGCUGAUUUUGCUGAUAACCAUGUUCUUCUCAAGGAAUUCUUGAAUAUUAUCCCUUAAUAAACCUUUCAAAUAUUUUACCAGCCACAGAAGUUAAGCUCACAGGUCUAUAAUUUCCAGGCAAGGAUUUUGAACCCUUUUUGAAUAUAGGAACCACAUCUGCCUUCCUCCAAUCCUCCGGAACACUUCCUGAAAGAAAAGAAUCUUGAAAGAUUAAAAAAAAUUUAACUCCUAAAGAUUAAAAAAAAUUUAACUCCUAAAUGGCAGAGAGAUGAGCAAUGAAACGUCACAGGAAUGAUCUAUUCACCAAAACUGCUUCAUUAAGCUAAAGUUGUUUUGGUGACUACAGUGUUCCUCUAAUAUAAAAAAAAUAGGGAUUUUUAAAAAAAACUUUUUUGUAGGAGGGGGAGGGGGGAAGGAGUGGUAGGAGGGUUCUCUCAACUUUGUUUUGCCUUAGUUCCCCUCAAAUGGUAAAGGUGGCCCUGAUGGUGAUUGGGCAAGGACGUAACAUGGCAAAAUAAAUUGCUUUCUACAAUUGUGUUUAGUGAAUGCCAGCUUAAUGUCAGCUUUCUCAUGUUUGUCUCUGAAUAUAGAUGUUACUGAAACUCAAUUUACAAAACUUUGGCAUUGUAUCUUUUCGGUAAUCUAUUCAGACAGCUAGGUUUGUUUUAUUGUAACUGUACAUGCUUUCUUUCAUUGUUUCAAAUCAAUUUAUUUUCCCCAGGUACUUCAAGAGACAUAUUAACAUCAUUUUGCAAUUCAUUCCGGAGAUGAUCUUUAUCUUGUGUCUUUUUGGCUACUUGGUCUUCAUGAUUAUCUUUAAAUGGUGUACAUACAAUGUAUACACACCCAGGCCACCCAGCAUCCUUAUUCACUUCAUCAACAUGUUCUUGUUCAGCUAUGGUGACACGACCAAUGCUCCGCUCUAUGGACAUCAGGUAAAUGGAGCUGAAGCACAAAAUAAUUUGGAGCAAGAGUGAGCAACAACCUCCCAGAGUUCAAACUCAUGUCAUGAAGUAAAUUUCCAGGAUGUGUUAUACAUCUACCCAUAAGUCUAAAUGCUUUUAUAGCUACUUAAAGAGGAAUGCAGGGCAAAGGCAAACUCAGACAGUCUGUGCCCCUACCCUAAAUUGUAAUUAUGUUCAACCGAAAUGUCUCUAUAGUGGCACACAAGUCAAACAAUUAUAUAAACGUGCGGGUCUUGCCUUUCCUUUCAGGUUAACUUCCAGUCCUCUUGUUGGACCUGUGUCUGUGCAUAUAGGGUUUUUCUUUUUUAUUGAGGUUAGCAAAAUUAGAUUAUAGACAAUAGAUUAGACGAAAGUACGUUUCACAAAAUUGUAAGGUAAAUUACAUGCGAGAAAAGAGACCUAAUUUUUUGUUUAGCUACAACAGAUAGGCUAAACUGACACAUCUAAACGUAAAACAAUUUGUUUGCUGAAAACAAGGUAGGCAAAUAUGGACAACUAUCAUUAAGACUAAUAGUAUUAGAUGCAUCGUACAUGCCCAAAGAGGAUAAAUAAUAUUAUAGCACUUGUUAAACGUGCCAGGGAAAUUCGUAAGAAGUGUAACCACUGGAGAUAAGUCUAAUACUAUUAAUUAGUAGCAGCACUAAAUAAAAAAGAAUAAUAAUGUGAACAUAGAACAUAAUUACUGAAAGCAUAAAAUGAUAUAUGAGGAAAAUGGUGUUCGCCAUUAUCGGAGCAGGGUGAAACACAGAUACUUACUUGACUUGAGCAUGAAUUGUAAAGGCCACAUACAGCUGAGCAGAGCAAUACCGGCAUAGGACAUACCUGCAUCCCCAGACCUGUAGUAGGGCCUGCAUCUUUUCACCACAGACUUGUUGCUUCCAAAGGCCAAGUCUCUCCCCUACUGGGGAAAUCCAGAGGGGGUUGAUGGUUAAUCGCUGCUUCCUGUGGGUAAUCCUCUGUUUUCGAGUGGCCCUCGGCCCAGACAGGCCAACAGCACUUUGUCAUCCUGGAGCUCGGUCUGAGCUUCACCCAGAUUAUUAACUCAACGAUAACAGAGAUUAAAUGGUAAAGAAAAACAUAUAUGCAUGGGUAGGUUAUAAAGGAUUAGCCAAUGUGAAAGUUUGGCACAUUGGAAAUAGGCCUACUAAAAAUAUUUUUAAUUUGCAUUCAUUAUAUUUGCCCUGUUUUGUUUAAUAUGUGAAUUUAAAUGGGUGCUCUGAAUAUACAUUAUAACUAUUACAGAUGAUUGUAGUGUGUAUGAAGGUAAGAGUUUUUAGCACCCUCCUGCUUUCUGUCAAACUUUUUGGACAACAAUGAUUGGGCAGACUGGAUGGGCCAAACGGUUCUUAUCUGUCACAUUCUAUGUUUCUAUGAUGGAUUGAACAUUCUUGGGGAAGGUUAGCCCAACAGUCUUUAACUAUCAUUGCUGUCCAGUUGGAGGGGCUAGGAGAGCUCAGGUUUUUGUCAAAUCACAUGAAAAAUGGUUUUACAAAAAAAGGGGGUAGCAUCCAAAUACUUUGCGUCUCAUAAACCUUACAACGUCCCUUCAUGUGUGCAAGUGUCGUUAUUUUCUUUUUUUUGUUUCCACCAAAAAUUAAUUUAACAUAAAUCUUAUAGUUUGAAUAAAAUGGGUUAAUUUUAUUCAGAAGAAAUUGAAAUUGCAAAAUGUAGGGUUAAACUUGGACUUCCAAAUGAGAUAAAUUGGUAUAUAAGUAAAUUAGAUGAUUUUUCAGUUCAGUAUCACAACAAUUUUCAUUUUACUAAAUAAAGAUCAUAGAAUGUAGCAAUUAAAAAGCAUGAAUGAUAAAUCGGAUGCCUCCAUUGGUAAUAUUUGGUCACGCACAUAACAUCAAUGAAAAAAAUUAAACUUGUACACAAAUCCUAACUGCACCAAACUAAGCGACUGCCUGUCAGUCUAUGAACAAACUAAUCGAUUUGUUCAGCUGUUCCUAAUGAAUCGAUUAGUUUGUCCAUAGACUGACAGGCAGUCGCUUAGUUUGGUGCAGCUCAAAAGGAUUUGUGCACAAGUUUAAAAAAAAAACUUAAUAUAAUUUCUAUCAUUUUGCAACAUGACAUAAUACUUCAAAUUAACAAAGUCCAAGGUACAUUUGCCUCCACCCUUUUAUUCUACCAAUUUGCUGAUUUUUAAGACGGUAUCUGUCAGUCUGAAUUACUCUUUUCUAAUUUACUGUUUUUGUACAGCAAGAAGUACAAAGUGCCCUGGUAAUAUUUGCCCUUAUCGCUGUUCCAUGGAUGUUGCUUAUAAAGCCUUUUGUUCUAAGAGCAAAUCACAUAAAAUCCCAGCGUAUGGUAAGUUGGGUUUUAAAAAUGGUGUCUCAAUGUCAUUGGGAACAUAUAAAAAUAAUAGUAUUGUGUAGAAGCAUGUUGGAUUAUUAUAACUUUUUUUAACAUAGACAUUUGAGCUACUAGGAUGAGGGCUCUAGUGUAAAUGAAGGCAGUGCGACUUUCUUCGCUACAUACAUAGUGUCCUCAUCCCGAUGCAGUUCUUUUGUUCGUUACUCCACAAUGCAGAGCAUUAAUCUGCCUCCUCCCCUGCCAGCUGUAACCAGGUCCCCUGCUAAGUCUAAUUUUCCUUGCAUUUUUUCCCCCAUCUUAUUUUCCAGCAGAGCCUGGUCUUCUGUCCAUCCCAUGCAGAGCAUUACUCUGCUUCUGUUCACCAACACAGCUAUUCUGUUGUGUUGAGGAAACAAAAUCCUGCCAUUUCUAUUUUCCCUUUCCCUAAUUUGCACUAUUUGCCUCAAUUCAACAUGCAGAAUUAAGUGCUCUAAAUGUUACCUUGUGCUCGAAAUGGUUAAAUAUGUUUUAAGGCAUUUACUAUAUAUACAAAAUUACUAUGGGAUAUUUAUAUAUGUCUAUCUUUAGCCGGUGUUGAAUAUUUCCCUCUUGAAUGGUUUAUUUAGAGAAUCUUAAAACCUAGAACAGGUAUAGGCAACCAUCGCACUCCAGGUGUUUUGGACUACAUCACCCAUGAAGCUUUGCCGGCAUUAUGGGUGUAAGAGUAUUAUGGGGGAUGUAGUCCACAACAUCUGGGGUUCCGAAUGUUGCCUAUCCCCGACCUAGAAGUACUCCUUCCUGUUAUCCUCCAUCUAUCAUCCACAUGAUUGUAGUACAUUUCGGUACUCUUGCUUUAACUUUGUACACUCUUAAAGUUGCAGCCAUCAUCACCAAACCAACACCUGACUGAGGACACAGAUGUGGAAAAUGCCCAGAGCAAUCACAACAGCCCUGCCAUUCAAGAUGAACAUGGAGGACAUGGAGGAGGACAUGGGGAGCAUGGAGAGGAGGUACGGGUGAUAAGCAAUGAAGAUCAGACAAUGUGAUGGAACCAACUGACCAUUUCUUAUUGUCUCUACAUUCUUGUAAAUUAUUAUUUAAUGUAUUUAAUGUGUCUCUUGGUUGGACAAAUGUAGCAUUUUUGAAUCCCACAAAUACCUGUAGAAAUUACAUGGAAUCAUAUUUUUUUGGACACUGACUGUUGUAGUUGAUAUGUUUUUAAUUAAUUUAUUUUUGCAGUAUCAUCACCACCGCCCAACCAAGAGGCAAAGCCAGGUUCAUACAGCAAAUAUGAUUGAUUUAUAGACUGCUAGCAAAUGCAUGGAGUACUUUUUUAUUUUCCUGUGUUAGUUUAACCUUUAUAUAAAUGCCAUUGCAGUGAAAACCAAAGAGACAUUGCUUAUGGAUGAUGGUAAUCUGCCCAGACCAAAACACAUGCAUAUCAUUGAGCUCUCAAUAUCUGGGGAAGGAGGGGAAGGGGGAGAAAAAUGCUAUAUUGGAAGAGUUAAAGGACCACUAUAGUGCCAGGAAAACAUACUCGUUUUCCUGGCACUAUAGUGCCCUGAGGGUACCACCACCCUCAGGGACCCCCUUCCGCCCGGCUCUGGAAAGGGGAAAGGGGUUAAAACUUACCUUUUUCCAGCGCUGGGCGGGGAGCUCUCCUCCUCCGAUCCUCCUCCGUUCCUCCUCCUGGGCUGAAUGCACGGCAAGGCGCGCGCAUUCGCAUGCAAGGAAAGCAUGGCUAUCGCUCUACUGUCACUCUCAGAAGAGGCAAGCGCCUCUAGUGGCUGUCAAUGAGACAGCCACUAGAGGAUUAGGAGGAAGGCUUAACCCAUUCAUAAACAUAGCAGUUUCUCUGAAACUGCUAUGUUUAUGAAAAAAUGGGUUAACCCUAGAAGGACCAGGCACCCAGAAAACUUCAUUAAGCUGAAGUGGUCUGGGUGCCUAGAGUGGUCCUUUAAAUAAAACUUAACUAUUAAUUUUAAUCUUUAGAUUUCCUGGGGAUUUCGGUUACUGGAAAUUGACCCUGCUGUCCACAUUCUUUCUAUAUUUCAAAUUUAAUCCAAAUAGAAACAUAGCUAUCAUUUUGAAUGAGCACCCACAGUCUCUUUAAACAUCGUUAUCUAUGUAUAUAGUUUUUAUGUGAAUCCCUUCUUUUUAUGUUACAGUUUGAUUUUGGGGAUAUAUUUGUUCACCAAGCCAUUCAUACCAUAGAGUACUGUCUUGGGUGCAUAUCCAACACUGCCUCUUACCUACGACUCUGGGCGUUGAGUCUGGCGCAUGCACGUAAGUAAUGCUUUUUAAAAAAUUCAUUAUUUAGCUUUUUCAACAAAAAGUUGUUUUCCAACUAGCUAUACCUAUUCCAUUUAUUUUAUUUUUGACAUGACUGAGAAAAAUAAGUGUUUAUUCUGCAGCACAAAAUGAAUGAAUGACACUAGACCAUCAUGUUUCUCUUUGUAGAGUUGUCGGAGGUGCUGUGGACAAUGGUGAUGCACUUUGGCCUCUCUAGCGCAGGUUGGGUAGGGCUCAUUGCAGUCUUUAUUAUAUUUGCUGCAUUUGCUGUUCUCAGUGUUGCAAUUCUACUAGUUAUGGAAGGUCUAUCUGCGUUCCUGCAUGCACUUCGACUCCACUGGUAUGUUACUUUCUUGUUUUACAAAACUUAAUAUAGUUGAAAAUGUUAACUUCACUGAUUCAGCCUCAGGAAAUUAAAAUUUUUAUGUUAGUGAAAAAAAAAUUGAUAGCAACUUCAUUAAUGUUUAACAGGCAAUUUCCCAGAAGCUACAUGCUAAUGUAAUGUGAAACUACAUUAAUAUUGAUAAGUUUUAACUAGGUGUAUUACUCUAUUACUAAUUCCCAUAUAAAACCACAUGUUAAACAAUGUUUUUAGGUUUGACUCUCCUACACAUUUGUUUAUUGUUAACCAAGGCAAUGUACGUGUAUGUACAUGUACAUACCUAUACAUGUAUAUACAUGAUAUAUUUAUAGCAAAGAAUGUACAGUUUUUAGGAUGCUGUUUACAAACAUUACACGUAGUUUUCUGCACAUAAACACAUACUUCAUAUACACAAAUACAUUUUACUUUGUCCUUAAACAGUGCAAUAAUGUAGUAAAAUACAUUACAUAGCUAGCAGAGGUGUAUUUUUCUCUUUUUUGAUGACAUUUGAAGAGGGAAUUGGGAUGAUUAUGCCUAUUAAUUAUGUAUUUAUUCAAUUAUUUCUUCAUUAAUUAUUAAUGAUUCAUUAUUAAUAGUGCAGUUUCCUAUUUUCUGUCCACAAAUUCCUGUAGCAUUAAGAUGACCCUUAAGUGUAAUCUUAAAAAUACCCUAGAGCGCUCCAGACACUUGUCUUUGUAUGUCUGUUGAAAUGCUGGCAAUAGCCAUUGUGGCAUUGCGAGCUAAUAUGUAGCUUAUAAUCUAUGCACAAAAAAGAAAGAAUUAUGAAUAAAUAAAUAAAAAUACCCUAGAGGUCGCAAAGAACUCGACAUAAGAGCAUAGUUACCAAACUUGAAGUACACUCAAAGACAAAAAUGAAAAGAAAAAGAGGGUUACAAUGUAAUAUUUUAUUCAAUUAAGAUACACAAUCAAAUUAAAAAUUUAUUAAACUGUGCUACUUGGGAACCAAAACCAAUAAAAACUGGUAAUUAUGAGCACGACUUUUCAUGAUUCUGGGGGGGCUACAAAUGGGCGGGAGUCUACAUAUAUGGUCAUUUUUCCCUUAGUACUGUUGGGGGUUGACAAAGCUUAACAGCAGUAGCUCUCUACCGUGUCUUAUAAUCUUUUGACUUCGUUGUAAUGUUAGUAAAUUCAAUUUCAGUGAAAUUCCAACACAGUCUUUAUGGGCAUUUUAUAAAGAUUUUAUCUUUAUGAAAUACUCAUUUUUGGGGGGAUUAUGUUGGAAUAAGAUUAUAGGUAGUCUUUAAUAAAAAAAAAAUUACAUUAAAAAGAGCAAGGUGAAAGGUGUACUUUAGAGAAAAACGAACAAUAAUUUGGUUUUAAAUUUAUUUACACAUUUUCUUGAUGAAAUGCUCCUUCAACUUUUACUCAUUUCAUUAUUUAUUUUAUAUAUCUGCAAUAUUUCAUCAGUAUAUGUAUGCUGAUAAUUUUGGAACUUUAAUAUAGUGGAAAAUUUAUUCAUACUUACCGUAAUUUUCUUUUCCUGGCUAUUAUUCAUGGCAGCAUAUACACAUGGGUUAGCUCCUCCCCUUACAGCCGAUAGGACAGGAAUAAAACAAACCUUUAAAAGGCGUAUCACUGCAUAGGUCCCUCAGUCAGUAACAAGCUCCUACAGAAGCAAAACCAACACUGGGUGGGUAGUGUAUGCUGCCAUGAAUAAAAGCCAGGAAAAGAAAAUUACGGUAAGUAUGAAUACAUUUUCCACUUUCCUGGCUAAUCAUGGCAGCAUAUACACAUGGGAAUACCCAAGCUUACCAGGGAGGGACAGAAACAUACAUAACUGGAAUCAAAUAAUCAGAACAAUUCAACACAAAUUGGAACGGCACAAAUGGGAAGUUCUCUUCUGAGAUAAUGCUGAAAUCUAGGCCGAUUGGAAUGAUAGUAAGCAUCCUUGAGAUAUAGUGAUAAGGAACUUGUCCUUCCAAAUUGCUGGGGAUAUGUAUCUGAUUUACUGAAGGCUCCAUCCUGAAGGCUCUUUCAUUCAGUCUAUUGUUGGCCCUUCUUCUUAGGUCCAGUAUAGACUUCCAUGUGCCUUUACUUUUAGCAUCAGAAGGGAGGCAAACAUUGUCCCAGGAACCGCUCUUGUUAAGGGACCUAAGAAAUCACAUCUUGGUCCAGAAGGUUUCAUACAUACUCCUUUGGUACUAUACCUUUGAGUCAUCUGUCUGAAUUCUCUUGUGGGUAUAGAGACUCCUGUGUCUGAAGAAAAAACUCCAGUCUAUAUCCAUCUGAAUGUGACAAGCCCAGGUAUGUCUGAUCAGAAAAAAUAAGGCUCCUAGUACUGGAGGACAGACACAAGUUCAUUGCUGAAGAGCAAAAUUACUGCUUCAAAUCUCUAUUAGAACCUUGAAAGGCAGGUUACCAAUUACCACGAGUCACCUAUGGAGUCUACCCUGCAGGGUCAGUAAUUCCAUGUAUCUCAAAAAUACUGGUCACUGGAGGUUCUCCUGUCUGACCCUGAGGAGCCGGAUUCUUGGAUCUUCAGUCCUGAGGUACAAACACCUUGCAUCCCUCAGCUGUCUUUUAAUGAAUUCAUCAUAAGCUUAUGGAGACAGUCAGAGCAUAACUGUUUUCUUACACUGCUUUCUCAUCAGAACCAAAACAUGGUGGACAUUCAGAAAAUACCUUGCAUCUUUCCUUUGUAAGCUAUGCCAGCAUGUCCUGUGGCUGUGCAGCUAUAGGUGAAGCUGAAGAAGUUACAAUGAAUGGGGUGUUUAAAUCUUUGUGCCAGGAUUGCACAAAACUGGCUCAGUCAGUGGUCUUAUGUGUGAAUAGUUCCUUUGUAUAUAGUUGAGAGGACAUUUUUGGACAGUCGUGUGCUAAGACAUAGUUUUUCGAAUGUGGUUAGUGUGGGGAUCAUAACCCCUUGCGUAGUCUCAUGGAUAUUGGACUUAAGCUGGAGGUAGGAGAAGAGGUCUGAAUGUGGCAAUUAAAAUUGUGAUUGGAGUUCAGGGAAUGUUUUAAAUUGCGUGCCAUCAUAUAGUUGGAACACAUGCGUGCAACCCUGUUCUAGCCAUGGUUUAUAGUUAAAGCUUGGGAUGCUCAGGUAAAUACUGCACAAUGGGGUAGCUCUGGAGCAUAGGUUUCCUGUACAGAGGUGGGUUUGGAGAGAAUCCCAUGUCUGGAGGAGUAGUCUAGUAGUAGCUAGUAUUGUCUCCUGGUGAGACCGUGUCCGCUUUUUGGUCUGGAACAUGUAGCACAUGCCUUGUUUGCAUGACCACUGGGAUUCAAUUUCUACCCAAUGGGGCAUCUCCACUGUGUAGUGGGCUGUGAGCAUAAAGGAGAGCAAGGCUGCCUUAUAGUGUAGUUUCACGUUUGGGAGGUUGAGUCCUCCAAGGGAAACUGGUCGUUGUAGGAUUCCUGUAGCCACCCUAGCCCUUUUUCCAGCCCAUAUAAACUUUACUACCAAUUUUUGGAGAAUCAAUAAGAAACUUUUGGAGAGGGGAAUCUGUAAUGUGCGGAGCAAGCAGAAUAUACACCAUUUUUAAAAUCAUAUUUAAACAGUCAACUAUUAUUUUUAUUAGUUUGGAAUAGAGAGGAACUGGGGCUUUCUUGAGAAUUCUGUUGUAAAUUUAGCCUUGGGUGGGCUGAACCUGACUGUCCAAAGGCCCCCCUUCUGUUCUGUUUUUUUCCCAUCCCGAUGCUUUUUAUCCCACCCCCUCCACAGUUCAUCUAACCAAUAGAUUUAUAUACAUUGUUUUUUACAUAACAUCCCAAAGACACAAAGUGAGUUGAAUUACACUCUACAGGUAUAUCUGGAAACAUUAGAAAAGAUAGACACAUCUAACGAGUAUUUGAAGAAUUUGCAUUCCAGGCAUUACCCAGAACUUCAAAGCACAUUUUGUUGUAUGUAUUUAUUUAUGAAUGUUUAAUGUGUUUAUAGUGAAAGUAUUUAUAUAUAUCUUAUCCCUGUCUUCUUUUUCUAGGGUGGAGUUCCAGAAUAAAUUUUACUCAGGAACAGGUUACAUGUUCAACCCCUUCUCUUUUGAGCGCAUUCUGAAUGGAACAGAUGUUGAAUAGAUGCAUUCAAAUGUCCACAAUUCUUAUGUAUGGUCCUGAUAGUGAAGACGGUUUACAAUCUAAACAAAAAGUUCCAAACAAUUAAGAAGAUAAAGAUUCUCAUAAUUUUCUAUAUUUAAGUUUGCAUAUUAUUAAAAAUGAUAAUCCCUCUGCAUCUGAGAUACUCCAGCUGAGCUAACCAUGAAGUUCCAUGAUCUCCAGCUAUUUGUUGGCUAUGUCAAGGAAAGAAAAAAAUGAAAAUCAUGAAAGAUCAUGGGCAGUACAUGGGCAGGUCUAGAAAAUAUAGUACAAGUUACAAGCCAGAAGAAAAAGUAUCUACUCAAGAGUGUGAAAGUUAUUUUACCCAAUGUCAUAUAUUUAAAUAAAAAAUUUUUUUUUCUUCCUGCCUAAUAGAUUUUGUUACAUAUGACCAUUCUCACUGCAUGUGUUGUUCAUCUCUAUAUAUCCCUCCUUAUUUCCAUCUUUAUUUUCUUACAGUUUAGCUGACUUAGUAGACAUCGAUUUUUACAUACUGUUUUAUACCACAUUUUUAACUUAUUGUACCAUUGGAGUUUCUCUCUUUUUUUUUCCAUGUUUGGUUUUUAUUUUUUUCAUGUAGUAAAUAAAGACAGUGGGGAUACAGAAGGAAAGAGGGAUGG